AUGGCUCGAAUCUGGUCAUCGCAGCCCUUGAAGGCUCUCUACACCAUAUUCUUCCUGCUUGCAACCCCGCCGUAUGCCGCCGCAUUGUUCCUUCGAUAUCUUGCGAAGCCCUCGCAUCCCGAUUGGACCGCCAGGAUGAGCUUAUCUAGCGACAUGUUGAAGCUAUUUUUCCGAUACUCCUUGACCACUCAAUCCCGACGCAUCUUGGACGACGAUCCUGCAACGGCUAAAGAGAGGCUGGCUAUUAUCGAGCCCCCAGCUAGGUCCUUGUUCUCCGGUGCUUUAGCUCCAACAGCCUCAGUCAAACCGGGUCCUGUGAGGGGUGUUUGGCUGCCAGAUGCUCCUUCACUGCAAUCCCCCAAUCUAGAGGACGAGAAGGUCGUGAUUCACUUCCCCGGCGGCGCAUUUGUCAUCACUUUCGGCCACGAGGGUUCGGGCCGGCCGGUAUCAGAGGUCCUGACAAAGCACCUGAAGGCGAGCAAGGUACUCUGGGCACAAUACCGUCUCGCAGCAGAUGAGCAGACAUGCUUCCCGGCUGCGGUCCAGGAUGCCCUUACGUAUUACAACUAUGUUCUCUCUCUGGCCAGCGAGAUCGACGCCGACGGCUCUUUGAGGACCAACACUCCCGGAUUCCCAGUGCCAGGCGGUGCUGUUGUGUGGUCACCUUGGGUAGAGGUUACACCGAACGCGGGGAAAGACUAUGAAGGCUAUGCCAAUGCCAAAUCUGAUAUGUUGGACGCCGACUUUCUACAAUGGGGGGCAGAGUCAUACCUCGGCAAAAAUGGAGGUGAAAAGGACAAUCUGCCAUACACGUCGCCCCUGAGCUACCCCUUCAAAACAUCGGUGCCGCUAUACAUUCAUGCUGGAGCUGCUGAAGGCUUUUGUCAGUCUAUCACAAAAUUUGCGGCAAACAUGCGGGGGGUCGACGGCAAUCGUGUGGCAUUCUGUGCCACACCAAAGGCACCCCAUGAUCUUCUCCUCGGACACCCUACGUUUGGGAUGACGGACGAGCUUCAUACGGUGUUGGAUGUGGUUCACGAGUUUUUGAAUGGCGAGAGGUGA